ACAAACCCAUGUGCAUUUUCUACAUAUGACUGUUUUGCGCUGACAAAAAGCCUUCUAAAUUUGGCAGUUAUGAUUGAUCUCAUCAAAGAAGGGGAUCAAGUGAUAGUUAAAAAAGAUGAAAAUCUCAGGGUCUUCACUGUUCGAGAAAAAAGGCAAGUCUUUAUGGAGAAAGUCAAGUUCACAUUCACUGGCGCUAUUGGUCAUCCAUAUGGGUCCAUGUUUGAAGUAAAAGAUUUCCAGUUGGUGAAAGUCGAGCCCGAGACGUCGGCUGCAGAUAAGGAAAGUGGAGAGACAGCUGAUAAUCGUGACCUUAAAGAUGCGAGCAGCAACCAGAAACUCAGUAGAGAUGAUAUCGAAGAGAUGAAAGGGCAGGGAGUGGAGGGAGGGAAAAUCAUUGAGAAAUUGGUUGAACACAGUAAUACAUUUGAAAAUAAGACAGAAUUUUCAAAAGCAAAAUAUCUGAAGAAGAAGAAAAAGAAAUUUAUGAAACUAUUCACCAUCGUAAAACCAACAACUCGACUGCUCUGUGAACUCCACUACACCAAGGGCAGAAAUAGAAUUCUAGGGCUAAGAAUGGAUAGCGUCUCACAGAUUUUAGCAUAUGCUAAUGUGCGAUCUGGGUGCAAUCUCAUCCUGCAUGAGAACUGUGCUGGAUUAUUACUUGGUGCUAUAUUGAAGAGACUAGGAGAUGAAGGCACGCUCCUGGACUUUUACAUUGGUUCAGCUCCAGUAAGACCCGAGGCUCCCGAGUUCAGCAAGGAAUACUACAACAAACAUGUAUAUAGUUUACCGUUGGAUAAGAUCAAAAGCCUAGUCGAUAGAUUAGAAGGAAGAUCUGAGGAUGCAAAGGAAGAGGAUGACGAUUCUAGUAAACAGGUGAAUGAUGCAGAGAUGAAGGCAAUAACAGCAGAUGGUUCCACAACGACACUGGAUGGUGCCACAGAAAAGGAGGAGAUCACUGGUGCUGAUACGAUAUCUUCAGCUGUUGAGGUUAAAGCUGAGGAAGAGAUGACAGAAUCACAGUCGGUAGCUGUUGGUGAUGGCAAAAGUGGCACACAGCAGACGUCACAGCCAGAAGAAAAGAAAGGGAAAAGGAGAAAGGAACAAGACAAAGCAGACUAUGAAGAGAGAAGAGCGUUCAAACAGAAGAGGAUAAUAGAAGCAACUGAAUUAGCUGUGAAAGGAAACUUUGAUGGGUUAAUUGUGGCCUCCAAAUUCCACCCGAAGCCUAUAGUCAUGAAUCUGAUGAAGUUCGUUGCUCCCUCAAGGCCCAUUGUAGUCUAUAGUCAGUACCAAGAGCCUUUAAUCGACCUUUACAAGAAACUGAGGGAGCAAGGAAAUGUGGUGAAUUUGACGAUAUCAGAAACAUGGUUUCGAGAAUAUCAGGUUCUACCAAUGAGGUCACAUCCCCAGAUCAAUAUGAGUGGAUCAGGAGGAUUUCUAUUGACUGGCAUCAAAGUUCUUGUGGAGUGACGAAAUUCUUUGCCCGUUCCAAAAAUCAACAUUGUUUUCUAGGCUUACCUUAAUUGUUGCUUGUUUGAUGUAAUGCAACUCUCAACUUUUGAAGUGGGUCGGAAAUAGUACUACUUUGAUAGAUUUCAAUGAAAUCUGUAAAAAAGAGCCAUGAUUCUGAUAAAAACGUCUUGGUCAGCAUCAUUUAAGGCUUUUGGGAAGGUUGUGGCAAAGCAAUAUAUUUCCAAGACCAACCUAAAGACAGCGAUUUGAGAGGAUUGUAUGGGUGUUAGAAGUGAUGCAGACUGUGUUGUAGCAAGUGUAACCUCUGUUGGUGCUGUUCAUCAUGUUCUGUACCAAUCAUUUUGGUACUUGCCGGUUCCACACUGUAAACAUCUGUGACCAAAUAAAUAUCUAAAGGCAGCUGUGAA